AUGACAUACAGCGCAUUAGGGCAUGUCGGCCACACAUACGCCUUUGCGCUUCAAGGUUGGCAGGACCGCGACGAGUUCCCCAGAUGGUUCGACCUGCUCGGCGAGUAUCUUCCCCAUCGCUCACCAUCCAUGUCGCUGUCCGUCUCGUCCACCCGACCAAACAGUAUUCCCGUGCAGCGGGGCCCGCCAUUGUUCCCCCCGGAGCCGGUGACCACCCCACACUUUCUCCCACUGGCCCCGCACCCGGGCAACACGGCCCCGCCUCCUCCACGACGUCCGACACUCGCUCCCCUGCCUGCGGGGUGGACGCGAUCGUUCCACGCCGCGCCGGCGGCGUACCCGCACGACCUUCGAGAGUGCCACGGGACGCUGAGCCGUGACUCGCACCCAUUUGGCGAUCCUGCCCCGCGCGAGGGGGAAAGCAAAGCCGAGCGCCAUGCGCGUCUGGACCACUUGACACGGGCGGCCGUCCAGGCUCGUCUUGAAUCGCACGAGUGGACCCUUGAAGAAGGUCUAGCGGCCCAACCAAAGGGCAUGUUUGUCGCUCUCGAGCGGUGGAAGCGCGACGUGCCACUUGGUGGCCACACGAUCGUGUGCACGCACCCCAACGGGACGCAAAAGGAACACUGGCACCCGACACUGCGCCGACUGCUGGCGCGGACUCGGGACUCGAGCCCCGCCAUCGCGUUCGGUACCGGUGCCCCGCUCGACUACACCCCAGACGUGCUGAUAGACGAUAUCUGGCUUAUGGACCACCACAACCACGGCGCGUCGGUCGACCUGAAUGCCGGCGCCUAUGGCCCCGUGGAGAUCUGGGACGACGUCGGACGGGAUAUCCUCAACUUUGUUGUACACGUCCUGCCCGGCGCCAAAGCGCAGGACGCACCGCCAUGGCAGUUGUCCUGGCUGGCUGACGGCGCUGCCCCACCCGUGCGCAUCCUGGGCUUUGGCGGGUCCUACGGUGGAGUUGGCCACACAAUGGCUGCCCAUUCCCGUCCGGACCUGUACGCCGGCCUCUUCCUCGCCGACUCGCUUAUCGCCCCAAAACUGCAGUCGGCGGAAGAUUUCCAAGAGCCCGAUACUGCAGGGCACGUACGUGCCGCGCUCAAACGGCGCGAUGGGUGGCCCAGCCGCGCCGAGGCCGGGAGGACAUGGCAGCAGCUCGACUUUUACCGCGCGUGGCACCCCGAGGUGUUUGCGCUCACGCUCAGCCAUGGCCUCGUGCGCGUCGACGCCGAGGGCAAGACGGAUUCAGUGGGGGACCCGGACAUUGACGACGCGCCAGUCGUGCUCGCGACGCCGACAUGGGCCGAGGCUGCCGUCUUUAUGGAGCCCGUGUCGGGUGCGCGGUCGUGGGACAAGCUCCCGACAUUGCAUGUCCCUGUCGGGUUUGUGGUUGCCAAAAGCCUGUUCCCGCUGCGUCUCAACCAGGAGAUGGUGUGGCGCCCCCCACUGGCCCGUAAUGAGCACCUGCCCGACACCGACCACCUGUGUCUCCAGGCCGACCCGGCAGCGAUUGCCGACGCGGCUUGGCGCUUCCUUCAGACCAUCGCGGUUGGAUGGGGCUCGAAAGAGGAGAUCAGGGCCAGCUAUGACCGUAUCGUGGACGACAAGGCAAAGUUGUAG